UGGUUUUGAACGCAGCCCAGUUUGUCUACCACUUCACCCCUACGUCAUUUCCGUUACUCAACCUUCUCCGGAGAGUUUUGUCCAAGAUGGCGUCAACGCAGUUAACGGAUGAGGAGCUUUUCUCCGAAUUAAAGCGCUUUGGUUUCACUCCAGGCCCGGUUACCGAAAACACUCGCCCGGUGUAUUUGAAAAAACUGAAGAAGCUUCGGGAGGAGCAACAGCAGCGGGGCUCUAGAGCGGGUAAAACCCGUAGCGGCGGGGCCAUCCACAGCACCGCUGGCGGAGGCAACACGGCGGGAUCCAGGCCAGCCAGCCAUGACGUCACGCACCUGAGCUCCAGCAGGAGACCGGGCAGGAAGCCCUCCGUCCUCGGCUUCAGCUCCGACGAGUCUGACGCUGAAACUCCGUUGAAAAGAAAAGGCCUCAAUCACAGCGGUAGGGCAGACCGAAGCUCCGGUUUCCCGCAACAGCUGAAGAUAAGGCCCGUUACGACGCCGACUGCAGCUACCAAGAGUCAGUAUGGCGCUACGAGUACGGUAAAUAGCAACAAUUCUUCCCCGGGUCCGGGCGGGCAGAGAAGUGUCUCGCUGGGCUGGGGAGUCCGUGCCAGAUCCAGCCCUGAGGCUGAAGGGAGGGAUUGCGACGACUCGGGGGACGACGACGAUUAUGAGGGGGGGACGGAGAAGAACUCACGCUCUUUAAAUGGCUGUGGGGCGUCUCACUUGAACGCUAGCAAGCUAGCUGGGGAUUACUCCGACUCCGAUGAGGAGGAGGUUGGGGGCCUUGGUGCCGGAGACAAACCGCGGGAUAGGUUGGAGCCUAGACGGAGCCACCCUAAAGCGGAGUUUAAUUCCCACGUAGUGGGCCGAGGGUGUCAGACGGGAGGGGCCGCCAGACAGGUCAACCCGCCGGAGAGUCUAAAUAUGGUGGGGGGCCGGAGGCAGGAGGGGGAGGAGGACGAGGUGAAGAGAAGGGACUCGGACCCAUCGGGAGUCUUUCGGAGCCACAACUUUCCCAGGAAGUCCAUAUACGUGUCCCUCGCCGAGAACCACGGAGGAGAGGCCGGGAAAAAUAACCACGUCGACGGCGAGGACGGAGCCUCCAGAAGCAGCAGCAGCAGCAGCACUAGUAGGUUCGCCAUUGGGUUGAGACCGCGCUUCUCCAACUAUAGCAGCCUGUCCCAGACCUACAGGGGCAACCACUCCAAUCACACCACCCCCAGUCCCAACCACUCGUAUAGCCAGGCAGUGCUGAAGCAGAAGCUGUCCGUUCCGGAGGAUGAGCUGCUCCAGCAGUUUAAAAGGGAUGAGGUGGCCUCCUCUGGUAGCUUCAGCGCGCACUACCUGUCCAUGUUCCUGCUCACGGCAGCCUGCCUCUUCUUUCUGCUGCUGGGCCUGAUGUACCUCAGGAUGAGGGGCACUGGAUCUUCGGAGGUGGAUGGAGUCAUUAAGAACCACCCUUUUGGCAGCAAUUUUGACUCUUCUUAUGAAAAGGCGGAGAAGGACCUGAUCCUAAAGCUGUUGCUGAAUCUACAUGACCACCUGGCCCACGUUGCUGGCCAGCAUGACUGUGGCGACCAGCAGCAUCCAAAAAGAAGUCUGUCCAUGGAUGAGGCCUCGGCGUACUUACUGGAUCAGAAUGAGGAGUUUAAAGACUUCAUUGUUACUUCUCUGGAGUGGAUCAUCCGGACAGGCCAGGAUGUUGGGAUAAGGCUGACUGGUCAGGUAGCUGAUGAUCCAUUGACCGACGUGUCUGAGAUCUCUCAGCUGGAGUCCACACAUCCCAAGAUGCCCUUCGUGUGCCGCUUCCGCCGAGCCUUCCUCACCGUCAUCAGCAGAGUCUUCCUGAUUGCAGCCGUGGUCGGCUCUGUGUGGAGUGGGGUCUGCUACAUGAAGUAUCGCUGGAGGAGAGAGGAGGAGGAGACCAGGCAGAUGUAUGACAUGGUGGAGAGGAUCAUCGAUGUGUUGAGGAGCCACAGUGAGGCUUGCCAAGAGAACCAGGACUUGCAGCCAUACCUGCCCAUCCCCCACGUCAGAGACUCGCUGGUUCAGCCUCAGGACCGGAAGAAAAUGAAGAAGAUUUGGGAGCGGGCUGAGAGGUUCCUCUCAGCCAACGAGUCCAGGAUUCGAAAAGAGACCCAAAGGAUCGGUGGAGCGGACUUUCUGGUCUGGAGGUGGAUUCAGCCUUCUCUCAGUUGUGACAAGACCUCUUUGAUGCCCUCCAAAGUCUGGCAGGGAAAAGCUUUCCCGCUGGACCGCAGGAACUCUCCUCCCAACAGCCUGACUCCAUGUCUGAAGAUCAGAAACAUGUUUGACCCAGUCAUGGAGGUUGGGGAGAACUGGGAUCUAGCCAUCCACGAGGCCAUCCUGGAGAAGUGCAACGACAACGACGGAAUCGUCCACAUCGCCGUCGACAAGAACUCGCGAGAGGGCUGCGUCUAUGUCAAGUGUCUGUCUGCAGAGCACUCAGGGAGAGCCUUCAAGGCACUUCAUGGCUCCUGGUUUGAUGGUAAGCUGGUGACGGUGAAGUAUCUGCGUUUGGACCGCUACCACCAGCGCUUCCCGCAGGCCCAGGCCUGCAGCACCCCUCUGAAGGCCUCCGGGAGCACCACGAGCGCCACAAACACUACGCCCCGCCUGCAGCACCGAGGCGCCGCCAACUCGUCGGGCUUCUCGUGAGACGAGCGGCGGCGUUCUAGAUUUAGCGUUGUUCUCUGUGCCCCUCCCAGCAUGGCCGCGCCAGUCUGCUGCUGCUCCUUCACUGCUUCACAACGGGGAAGACUUGAGUCUGGGUCAAAGGGAGAGAGCUGGGUUUUUCUUUUUUUUGUUGUUCCCGUUUUCUUUUUUUUCAACAGAGGAUCGCAAGAGAAGUUGUUGAGCGGCGCGGCGUUUGUUUUCAAUAAUCUUUUGUAUUAAAAUGUCAUGGAUUUGAACAAGGAAGCGGAGCUCUUCUGGAAUAUUUAAAAUGUGUGCAGAAACUUCAUCCUCCCUCCUCUUCCGCAGUCUCACGCCAUGGAUGGAGUUGAUUUGGCCACUGUAUGGAAAUGGCUGCAUGUAUCAGAGUAUGCCUCUAUGUAAGCUCUCAAUGCGACACAGUGUGGGUGUUGAUUUGCCGGAAAUUUUGAUGUACUCCCUGUUGUUGUUGUUGUUGUUGUUAUUAUUAUUAUUAUUAUUAUUAUUAUUAUUCUGAUGAUUAUUAUUUAGUCAAGUGAGGAAGGCAUGAACAGACUUGUAGAGGGCGUGCUGUAAAUACAUGUGAAUGGUGGCACAAGCUUUAUUACACCCUCCGUAUUAAAAGCAAACCGUAAACUCACGUUUUAUUAUUUUUUUUCCUCACUGCUCACAUACCACAGACUCUAGCUGUAUCCCGGGCUCCUCGGGGGGUUGCGACAGCACCAAUAACGCAGAACAGGGUAAACCUCUGGAUUUCCAUGUAUGGCCUUUUUUUUCCCCUUUUUUUCUUUUUUUUUUUUUUUCGUUCCAGCAUCCAGCAAGUGCUCCCACUCUCGGCUUCGGAGCGAUAUAUAACAAGAAUCGGGGAGCGUACCUUUUUAACAGUCCCCCUGAAAGCUUUCCCCCUCCAGAUUGUAAUCCAAUAUAUUCCCAAAUUCUUCUUAUUAUUUCACAUUAUGUUUUAUUAUUCGCCUCCUUUUCCAGUUUGGUCGUUUUCACUGCGGGCGCAGCGUCUCCUCGUAUUUCCAGACCUGUGCUGAACAAGCGCGGCGGGUGUGGCGUCACUUCUCUGUGCACGAAGGCCAACCAGACCAGAGGAGAACACACACACACACACACACACACACACACACACACACACACACACACACACACACACACACACACACACACACACACACACACACACACACACACACACGGUGGCUCGUGUCCAGUUUACAGUCGGCUCGUCUUCCUUUUGGAGAGGCUGAUGUUCCCGCUCAUGGUCCGCCCUGACGCUGUCACUACUGCUCUGGAAACAUAUCAGCCUCGUGGGAUUAUGCUACCACUCUUUUUGUCACAAGAGUGACAAAUGUUGUUUUUUAACUCUCAAUUCCAAAUAUUCCCACCCCCUUGUUAAGAAGACUGUACUGAAUUUAGGGAUUCCUGAUAGCCUGUGUUUUUAACAGCACCCUGUGUAUUCCAAAAAAACCUGCUAGAAAUCCAGGAGUUGCCAGACCUAAUUUCUAUUUUUUAUUAUUUUUUUUAAUGCAGUGAAUUAAAAGUUGGAUUCCGUAUUUGCAGUGUGAAAUUGUACAAAUGAUGCACAUUUCAAAUGUUCAAAACCUGCUGCAACAGUUCGCGGCAGGCAACCCAACUGUGCCUUAAAUUUGUGCUUUUUUUUUUUCUUUUCUUUCUCAAGACUGGCACUGCAUUACUUGAGAAUGUUCUGGAUUUAAGAAAUGUUUGAACUGUUUAAAGGGGGUGGGUGGAGAAUAAGGCCUGCCAUAGAUGUAGUUUUGGUAGAGUUUGACAUCUUUCAGAUUUGGUAUUUUGUAGCAGUUUCCUUUGAUAUUAAACCAAAUGCUUCUCUAUUUAUUAUUUUUUUUUUUAAAUCAGCUGUGGUGAUGUACUAUUUUAAUGUCACUAAACCUGUUACAUAUGUGUCAUAACUUUUUUUUUUCUCUUUCCAUGGGGGAUCGACCUUACAUCCGCUUCCAGACAAUUGUCAGGAUGUGUAAAAUGACAAAAUAAAGUCAACACUUUCUGAAAUAA